AUGAAUGAGUGUAAUUCUCUUGUGACUCCGUCGGAUGUGAAUGUGCGCUUGGAUGAUGCGAGUAAUGAUGAAGAGGGCGUAGACUGUCCUUACAGUAAGUUGACCGGUUCCCUUAUGUAUCUAACUGUAGCGACGCGUCCGGACAUCGCGAACACUGUCUCAUGGUUAGCGCAAUUUACAAGCAAACCAGGUAAACGUCAUUGGUUGGCAGCAAAGACAGUCUUGAGCUAUCUGGGUGGAACUGCCAAUAUUGGAUUGUUGUUCAAAAGGACUGGUAAGCCUCUAUUCGGAAAUAUCGAUGCUGAUUGGGGUGGGAGCACAGUGGACCCUCGGUCGUAUACAGGAUACAUGUUUUUGCUAAGCGGUGCUGCUAUCACAUGGAAAUCGCAAAAACAGAAGACGGUUGCCUUAUCAUCCACGGAGGUGGAAUAUGUGAGUUUGGCGGAGGGUGCUAAGCAAGCAUUCUAG